GAGGCGUGAAUUCUGGCUUCACUUUCACAAUAAUGGCGGCGUCGGAAGAGGCGACGUAUUUCGUUGUAAACAACAUUCCUGGCCGGCUCCGAUCCGCAGACCUGAGGAACUAUUUCAGCCAGUUUAUAGAAAGUAAAGGAUUCGUGUGCUUCCAUUAUCGCCAUCGUCCGGAGGUUCGUGUGCAGUUUCCCGCGGCAGAGGCAGGAGUCAGCGAGCGGACGGAGGAUCUCGACGGUCCUGGUGGGAAACACCCGGGUUUGUGUUGUUGUGUGGUGUCGGUUCGCUCACAGGAAUCCGACAGAUUCAUGAAGAUGUAUUCAGGGAACCAGUGGAUCGACUCUAAAGGAAACUGCCUGCGGAGAAAAUGUUUGAUUCGGAGAGUUAAAGUGUCGGAGCAGGCCGAUCAUAAUUCAUUCCCCUACAAGACAAAGAUUGAGAUGAGACGCCACCUUGCCCAAUCAGAGCAUUUCACCAUGACUGACCUCAAGGGCCUUCCGGAGCUCAAUCCACCCUCCCUCAUGCCAUCGGGGAACGUCGGGACACCUGUGACUGUUUUCCUUCAGCUCAUUCAGUCCUGUCGCCUGCCGCCGCGCCUCAUCCGCAAGCUGGGUCUCACUUUUCCCAAGACGGGCUCGAAUCGGCGCUACGGCAACGUGCCAUACCUGUAUUACAACAGCACAGUCGUGAGGUCUGCAGAGGAGAGCGUGUUUACUGCGGGAGGAGUGGAGAUCUCGGGCCCCGGGGGCCUGGACACGCCCACACAAACAGGAGACCAGGACACGCCCACAACCACUCUAACAGGAGACCAGGACACGCCCACAACCACACAAACAGGAGACCUUGACACGCCCACAACCACACAAACAGGAGACCUUGACACGCCCACAACCACUCAAACAGGAGACCAGGACACGCCCACAACCACACUAACAGUAGACGAGGACACGCCCAGUUCACCUGUCAAUCAAGAGUCACAGGAAGCAGGAAGUGAAGAGGAGCUGUCAGGCCCUGAUGAUGACGAUGACCGCUGUGAGGAGUGGGAGCGUCACGAGGCCCUCCACGAUGAUGUCACCAGCCAGGAGCGCUCCAAAGAGAGGCUCUAUGAGGAGGAGAUCGAGCUCAAGUGGGAGAAGGGCGGAUCCGGCCUCGUCUUCUACACAGACGCUCAGUUCUGGCACGAGGAAGAAGGAGAUUUCGAUGAGCAAACAGCAGACGACUGGGACGUGGAUAUGAGCGUCUAUUAUGACCGAGACGGCGGAGACAUGGACUCCAGAGAUUACGUGCGCAUGCGCUCUGAAAGGAGACUUCGGGAGGGUCUGGACGGGCUGCCGGGACGCCAACAGAAAAUCGGCAACUUUGAGAGGUUUACAAAGGGAUUCGGCCGGCGUGUGAUGGAGAAACAGGGCUGGAAGGAUGGAGAAAGUCUCGGGAGCAGUCAGGUGGGAAUAACAGAUGCUUUAGAGAGCGAAGGACAGCAUCCCAACUGUAAGAGAGGCUUUGGGUACCAUGGAGAGAAGCUCAGCUCAUUCCUUCCACUUAAGAAACCCAGAAAAGAAUUUCAUAUAUCAACAAUUUAUGAUAAACCUAAAGACAUUGAUAAAGGCGAUGAACUCCUGCGGCGUCAACCAAGCACCAGCAUGAAGCACAAACUCUGGCGGCCAGCGGGCAGCACUGACUCCACCAGAUGACCGCUGUUUUAUAGUGAUAUUCACUAACAUUUUAUAAAGACUGGGUAUUUAUUGUCUGUCAAAGAAUGUUCUUACACAGAGCUGUACAUUAUUUUUCUGUAAUUUCUGUAUUAAAAGUGUUCAAGGGAAAGAAACA